UGCAACAGUGGACUGAUCUAGAAGUGUCAGAAAAGCCUGAGCGCAGAUAACACACGCAUACACACGCGCGCGCGCGCGCACACAUGCAGGCGUCCCGUUCCUAAAGCAACAGAAGACUACCAAAGCUUCAGAGACUCAGGAGAUAUAAUCUGUGGACCAGGAUUUGGAGUUUCUUUUUUUUUUUUUGAGGGUGCAGUGGGUCUGUCAACGAAGGAGAAUUGCCAGUCUAUUUCGGUACAACAGAGGCAGGGGUAGCCAGCCGGGCGAUCUGAGUGUUUCCUGGCUUUGAUGCGACCCGACUGUGCCUGGAGCAUGUCCACAGUGGGCCUGACUGCCCAGGAGACCUCUUUUCCCAUACAAAACCCCUUCCUCCAGGGCGGCUUCUGUCACAGCAUGGCUGGAUCCAAACCCUCCUUGAGCUUUCGCCAUGAGCUCAUGGACAACUUCUACUUUAGCAUGGCCUCAUCAACUACAGAUCAUACUUAUCGAUCUCCGCAAAAGGGGCAACUUUCAAGCAAUGAAAGACAUAUGUACAGUUCACACAGAUUACCUUCUAAAAAAUUGCGGCCCGCCCUCCUCUCCCUGUCCUUCAGUCCUGAACCAUCCACCCCAAGCCCUACAGAUGAAGACCAGGUGGUUCCGUCAUUCCUGAAGCUGUCAGUUAAGGACUGUGGCAGCCCGCCACGGACACCCGACAGAUGUUCCAAACCCUUGCCUCCAAUUCCCCUACAAACAGACAUCUGCCAUGAACAAGCUAUAGACAAUGAGGUGGAAUUUUUCACGAGUACGGACAAAAGCUGCUUGGUUCCGAGUGAUGACCAGUGUUCCAAACCAUCUCCUUUUCGAUAUGGACAGCUUCACAGACGGAGCUUCCGGGACUGUGGGCAGAUUAACUAUGCUUACUAUGAUGGCCCUUUAGGAACAGAUAGGUCUGGCCAUCCCCAGCAGCACCAUCAGGUGAAACAUGUUCAAGCCGUGCAUGGACAUCAUGAACAGCAGCAGCAGCAGGAGCCACUCGAGCCAGUGGUAUGUCAAAGAUCACAGGACAAAGCUCAGAGGAAGUUGCGGCGUUCUCACUCUGGCCCAGCUGGCUCUUUACACAAGCCGCGCCUCAUAUGCAACAAACGCCACACCUAUGGUACUGAUAAACCAGAAGUGCCACCCCCUCUUCCUCCACGUUCACUCAAGACAGGCGACAACCGCCGCUGGUCAGCAGAAGUCUCGUCUGGGGCUUACAGCGACGAUGACAAACCACCUAAAGUCCCCCCAAGAGACCCCAUGUCCAGAGGCAGCUCUCGUACUCCUAGUCCGAAGAGCCUUAUUCCCACAUAUGUUAAUGGGGUAAUGCCCCCUACUCAGAGUUUUGCACCUGAUCCCAAGUACGUAAGCUGUCGGAGUUUUUUCAGACAGAACAGCGAGGGUUCUCCCUGCAUCCUUCCUGUUAUGGAGAACGGAAAGAAGGCCAGUGCCACGCAUUAUUACAUUUUGCCUCAGAAGUCUGCAUUCAUGGAAUCACCUUGUGACUGCAACUCGAGGAGGAAGGAGGAUUUGGUUUGAAGGGCUUUAGCAGAAACCGUAGAGGACUCUAUGGAAUAUGAGCAAAAACCACUUGACACAACAGUGCAUCUGUACAUCAAACUGCUGCUUUUAGAUGAUAAAUGUCUGCAACACCUACACAUCCUGAACUGACAGGAUAGCACACUGUAUACAGUUACUGGUCAUGUUGACAGAAAGAAAGCUAUCGCCUAAAAUACAGCAAAAUCUGUAUCUGACUAAAGGCUGUGGGACAACUCUAACACAUUGUAGAACGUAUUUUGAUAUGGUUUUAUUUCAUUGUUGUGCUGUUGUUUUUGAUGAUGUGGUGCAGUCAGAGGGUGCAAGCAGGCAUUGGAUCUGAUGUGCUCAGUGUUUCAUGUCUGGAAAGGUGAGGAUGUGAUGGCACUGGGCCUUUUUUUUUCAUGCUGCUUUUGUCUCUCACAGGUCAGUGACAUAAAUGUGCAUCACUUAAUAUAUGAAGUUUAAAUCCAAGCCUGGUGAAUUUUGGAUUAAAAAAAGAAAAAUGAAGGAUAUUAGUACUCAAAUUGUAUCUCUGUGUGCUAUUGUUUAUCAAACACAAAAUAAUUUAUCUUUCUCAAUGAAGUUUCAAUACUACUCAAGCCAGCCAUGUCACUGUGAAUUUGUACUUCUCAUGGCAUGUUGUUGCUGGCAGCUAUGCCUUUUUCCACUAAAAUUUCUAGUGCAGCUUGUGUGUUAAUAUUUGUAUGUACAGUCCUACGGUUGUGCAUUAUGUGUGCAUGUGAACAACCUGACAAAGUGUUCAAACGACGUGGAGUGCCUUAUGUCAGUGGAGAGUUGUCAACCAUCCUUGUUACUGCGUGCUGUACGUUUGCAGCUCACAUUUUAGUUUUUUUCUUUUUCUUGAAGUCUCCAGGUUUCUUUUUAUUUUCUGUUGCACAAAAAUUGGUCUGUUUAAAUGAAAGUGAGUAUAAGCUGAUCUUUUUGAAAUUUCCUGAAACAGUUGGAGCUUAGUUUUGAGUCGCUAGAAACCCAUUAGCCUCAAGCCCUACCUCAUGUCGAUGUUAAUCCUGUAUUUCACAUUGACCCCCCCAAAACAACCAAUCAAACCAGAAUAUCCAAACCAGAAAAGCAGAGGAAUUUAGCCUCAUAUUAUACUUGGCACUAGUUCUAUUUAAAAUUUUUCCACGAUUUGGUCAAGUGUCAAAAGAAUAUCUACAAAGGAAGCUCUUGGGUCAGAGAAUUUAGCCCAACCUGUUAAUACAAAUGCAUUACAAAGAUAAUGCAGGCUUCACCUGUCUGACACAAACUUUCCUGUUCUGCACAUGCAUUCCUGUCUUACGUGAUUGCAGUGGGUGUGGUCCCAGAGACUUUGGCUGCUGGCAGCCAAGAAAAUGCAUGUAUUUUUUAUUGUUGUAGAUUAUUUACGAAGUAUCAGGAUAUUAUAGAAAAUGUAGCACACGUGUUAAGAAACCCUCUGUAUCAAAAAUGUUGUUUUAGUUUGGGAAACAAAACAGCUAAGGUCAAUCGGUCAUUGAAGUAAACUUUUUUUUUUUCCUUUCUUUCUAGCUCACAUGCCUUGACAACCACUAUGUUGCUUUUGACCUAUGUUUGAAAUGUUUACAUCUUAUACUAUUUAAUCUUAAGGUAUUCACAUGUCUUAUCAGAAAAAGUAAAGCUGAAUGAAGACUAGUUUAUCAUAAAAAAUAACAUCUCUGCUGUUGUGAAGACACUGAGAGAGUUCAGUAUGGUGUGUACAGUAUUUAACAAUUCAAUGUGUUGUUAUGAAUAGCUGGUAAGCAUAUAGUCUUUUAAAUGACAAGGCCAAAAUAAAAAUAAAUUAUUUAUGAGUU